AUGGAGGAUUGGACUGUGUGCAGCAAUGGUGGCGGACUACUCGAGCUCACAGACGACGUGCACCGCGAGAUCCUGUUCCGCCUUCCCGCCCGGUGCCUCUGCCGUGCCCGCGCCGUGUGCAGGUCCUGGCGCGACCUCGCCUCGGAUCCCAGCUUCCUCCGCGCCUACGCCGACCGCACGGCCGCCUCGCCGUUCCUCCUCACGUGGUCGGACACGGUUACCGAGCGAGACAGCACGAGGGACUGCACCGUCCACCUCAGCAUCCACCACCAGUCCCGGCCCCGCGGCGACGACGACGACAGCCAUGGCCGCCGCCCAGCAUCAUCCCGCUGUUGCGAUCUCCGUCUCGUCUUGACCGCCCGCCACCCAAGCAUAUCUGGCGCGAUGAGGUCGUGGGACGGGGUCCUGUGCGUGGAGAUGUGGGGCGUGCACCGCCGUCUCCGCCCCUCCCUGCGUGGUGGCGGUGGUAAAGGUAAGCCCGGGGCCAGCCGCUCCGACCGCGGCUACAUCGCCGGCGCCUACUUGCACCCCGUCACGGGCGUCUUCCACCUGCUGCACUCCUCGGGGAGUGUCCUGGCCGGCGUCGGCGAGCAGACGCCGCGCUUCCGGCUACUGACGGUGGACGCGCCCGGCACGGCCUGGCGCGAGAUCCCGAUCUCCGCCGACGCCGACACGGCCAGGCUGCAGACCGUCGUCGGCCGCCUCAGGCUCCAGAGCUCCGCGACCGCGCACGGCCGCCUGCACUGGCGAGUGGCGCGGUCGCAGACGAAGCGCUGGCACGACGACAGGGAGAAGCUGCUGGUGUUCGACGCCGGGAAAGAGGAGUUUGGAUGCAUGGCGCUGCCGCAGCUGCACCUGCACGGCGACGGCGAGGCCGCGGCGGUGAAGCAGCGAGCCAUCAGCACGCUGGCAGGCAAGCUCUGCCUCCUCGCCGGUGUGGCGGCGACGACGGUGGCGGUGUGGGUGCUGGAGGACUACGAGGCCGAGGACUGGCGUCUGAGGCACAUGGUUGAUGUGGCGGCGGACUCGCCCUCCCCGUCGCCGCUCCAUUGGGACAACUCUCGGCUCGACAGCGCGCUUGGGAACGUCGGGCUGUUGGCAGGGGGCGUCGGAGGCGACGAAGUGGAGGAGAUUAUAUUCUACAAUUGUGCCAAGAAAGUCUACAGUGUCCGGCCUUGGUCAUGGUUCGGCAGCUCGAGCUCGAGGCCUAUGUUCUUUGGACAUCGUGAAGGGCUAGCAGUUCACAUGCAGAGCCUUCUACCACACAACGUCGUCUUUGGGACAAUGCCACGGGUUCGAGGCAUCGCAUUCUUAGAUUGUCCUAACAACAAUGGUUGA